AUGGGCGCGGGCUUCGUGUUCGCGAAACCCGAGCAGAUCCGCUCCGACCAGUCGCCGACCUUUCACUACUACCUGCAGGCCUACCCAAAGAAUGCGUCCAUCGUGGCCCUCGGCCCUGCCGCCUCGGGUGAGUACUUCAACAUUGACGGCACGAUCCAAUCGACCAACACCAGCCUGUACAUCAACAUUGGCUCCGAGACCACGUCGUACAAGACGGUGAUGUUUUCCAAGACAGCCUCGACAACUGCCUGGGGGCUGGAGGGCGACACCAUCAUCACCACCAAGGCCAGCACCUUUGGCAGACAGCUCAAUUUCGUCGUUUGCAAACUGGAUGGUCAGUAUUGGCAGGUGUACUUCCAGACAGGGAGCGCAGUCCCCAGCGGCACUUGUAACAACUACCAGAGCCUGCAUCUGCCGUGCCUUUGCUGA